UUCUCACUCUCGCACACAAGCUCUCCGCUCAGCUAAGCUCUCCACCAUUGCUUGCAAAGCUGGUCGUGUCACUCCUCCCGUUAAGCUUCCCGCGGCGGCGAGAGCAAGCUAAGCUAGGUCGGGCAUGGGGAAGGACGAGGUGAUGGAGAGCGGCGGCGCCGCCGGCGAGUUCGCGGCCAAGGACUACACGGACCCGCCGCCGGCGCCGCUGAUCGACGCGGCGGAGCUGGGGUCGUGGUCGCUGUACCGCGCCGUCAUCGCCGAGUUCAUCGCCACGCUGCUGUUCCUGUACAUCACCGUGGCCACGGUGAUCGGGUACAAGCACCAGACGGACGCGUCGGCCUCCGGCGCCGACGCGGCGUGCGGCGGCGUGGGCGUGCUCGGCAUCGCGUGGGCGUUCGGCGGCAUGAUCUUCAUCCUGGUCUACUGCACCGCCGGCAUCUCCGGCGGGCACAUCAACCCGGCGGUGACGUUCGGGCUCUUCCUGGCGCGCAAGGUGUCCCUGGUCCGCGCCAUCCUCUACAUCGUGGCGCAGUGCCUCGGCGCCAUCUGCGGCGUCGGCCUCGUCAAGGCGUUCCAGAGCGCCUACUUCAACAGGUACGGCGGCGGCGCCAACACCCUCGCCGCCGGCUACUCCAAGGGCACCGGCCUCGCCGCCGAGAUCAUCGGCACCUUCGUGCUCGUCUACACCGUCUUCUCCGCCACCGACCCCAAGCGCAACGCCCGCGACUCACAUGUCCCGGUCUUGGCGCCGCUGCCAAUCGGCUUCGCCGUGUUCAUGGUCCACCUGGCGACGAUCCCGAUCACCGGCACCGGCAUCAACCCGGCCAGGAGCAUCGGAGCGGCCGUCAUCUUCAACAACGAGAAGGCGUGGCACAACCAUUGGAUCUUCUGGGUCGGCCCGUUCGUCGGCGCCGCCAUCGCGGCGUUCUACCACCAGUACAUCCUCCGGGCCGGCGCCAUCAAAGCCCUCGGCUCCUUCAGGAGCAACGCGUGAUAUCAAAGGAGUUCGAGCAGCCAUUGUUGGGGGAUAAUGGCUGGAAGGCGUUGAUGAAGCAAUUGGCCAUGAUGAUGAGUUCUACCGUGUUAUGAUUCUCCCUUUUUCAAAAAAAUUAAGUUCGCCGCUGGUCGUUUUGUUUCAGCAGCUGCUCCUCCUCCUGCUUGUCGUGUGUGUGAAGUGAACAUCCAUGUGUUUGUAAUCUGUUUUUAAAUCGAGGGAUGUCUCAUGUGUUUAGCCUGUACUCCCAUUUAAUUUAGCGACGAUAAGCAUCGAUGCCCGCCUCUCCUAUCUGGAAUAUA